UCCUCUUCCAAAGUCCAACUGGUACGAUCAUCGAUCGAAAUUCCGAAGGCAAAGAUGCUACCGCACAAGCGGCGCGGGCUCCUCUGCUGCGGGUGCCGGGGCAGCACCGCCGCGACCGUCGGCGGCCGAGAAGCCUUCGGGGACACUGACGAUCAGUCCGGCGUCAAGAACACGGCCUCCACCGCGAUCGCGAGGCAGCUGUCGUGGGCGCAGGUGGAGGUCUUGACGGGAGGCUUCACGUCGGCCGUUGUUGGUGAGGGCGGCUUCAGCACCGUCUACCUCGCCCGCUUCGCCGGCUCCCUCGCCGCCGUCAAGGUCCACCGCAGCAGCGAACGCCUACACCGCGCCUUCCGCCAGGAGCUCGACGCCCUCCUCCGCGUCCGCCACCCACACAUCGUCCGCCUCCUCGCCUUCUGCGACCAGCGAGACGAAGGCGUUCUCGUGCUGGAGUUCGCGCCGAACGGGAACCUGCACGACCAGCUCCACGGCGGCGGCAAGGGCGCCGGGGCGAUGCCGUGGGCUCGCCGAUUGUCGGUGGCGCUGCAGGUGGCCCGCGCUCUCGAGUACCUCCACGACCGGUGCGAGCCCCAGGUGGUGCACGGCGACGUGAAGGCGUCGAACGUGCUGCUCGACGCGGCCAUGUGCGCCAGGCUCUGCGACUUCGGGUCGGCGCGCGCGGGGUUCUCGGCUGCAGUCCGCCCUCGCCCGCGGCCCUCGGCGCGCGCCGUGCUGGGGUCCCCCGGUUACGUCGACCCGCACUACCUCCGCUCCGGCGUCGUCACCAAGAAGAGCGACGUGUACAGCUUCGGCGUGCUGCUGCUGGAGCUGCUCACCGGCGUGCAGGCCUUCUGCGACGGCCGGCUCCUGACGGCGGCCGUGGCGCCGAAGAUGAAGGCAGUUGGUUCAUGCGACAACGUUCAUGAGCUUGUUGACCAAAGGCUGGGGUGCCAUUACAACACUGAUGAGGCGGCGGUCAUGGUGGCGCUGGCGGCGGCUUGCGUCGGGGAUAAUCCGAGCCUCCGGCCGUCGAUGGCCGACGUGGUACGGACCCUGGAGCGGAACGGGCAAGCAUAGAUCUCUACCGUCGCAAAAAAGAUCAGAAGUUGGCGGGAAGCUAUGAAUGGCGAUAGCAUUGGCCUGAGAUGCUUAGAUCUUACGUGGCAGGUAGCGAGACCGUAGGAUGCGAUUGCGCCCUCUAAUGGGUUGGUGAGGAACAAGCACGAGUGCUGAAGCCUACCAGAAGAACCAGGCAUAAGGUAAGGUUGGUUUGGACAAGGACUUGAGUGGAGGAAAGCUACAGGAUUGGGAUUUGUGUGCAAUUAUCUUUGGGUGAUUAGUAGAUGACAGUUUAAUUAGGUCAUUAGCCAAAGAAAAGGGCAGCAGCAACUAAGAGAUCCAAUUCUCUACUCAAGUGUGUAUACAGUAGUCGUACAUACAGGAGAAGAUGCUUCUUCCAUAUUCGUUUUGUGUUGCGUGUAUAUCAGUCUCGUGUUGUGCCUUGAGGCUUCAGCAACGAGCACAUGAAUGUGCAGAUUUUGUACA